AUGAGACAAGAAAAAGAAUUUGUUUUGCCAGACCUCAAUGUUGUUGCUGCAGAUUUUGUUGACGACCCCAAUGUUGAUCUAAAUUCUCGAGAGAAUGCAAUAUUUUCAGUGGAUCGUUCAUUGCUAGAUUUAAACAGGGAACCGUUCGUGGAACAUGACAUAUCAUUGGAGAUGGGAUUACAAACUUUCAUGGAUGAUAACUUAGAAGAAGUCUUCAAUAUAGUUACUAUUGCUCGUCCAAGGUUUGAUGAACAAGGAAAUGAGACUUUCUCGGGAAAAAUAGGCGUGUUUCCCCUUGUAACACGAGAGCCGGCUAAAAGAAACAGUGUGAAUAGAGUUGCGGGUACACUAGAGACGAAACCGAUUGCCUCGGUGAAAAGGGACGUUAUAAGGUCAUUCUUGAUUGAAAAGGUCAUACCAACAAUCAAGGAAAAAUGGCCAAGAGAAGACUCGAGAUAUCCAAUAUUCAUUCAACAAGACAAUGCAAGAACACAUAUUCCCCAAGAUGAUAUUGAGUUUUGCCGAGUAGCGAAAGAAGAUGGAUUUGAUAUUCGUUUGAUGUGUCAACCUCCAAACUCUCCGGAAUUGAAUGUUUUAGAUCUUGGAUUUUUCAGUGCAAUUCAAUCAUUGCAAUACAAGGAGUCACCUAAAAAUGUUGAUGAACUUAUUAAUGCGGUUGUAAAUGCAUUUGAAGGUUUUUCGGCGAGAAAGUCCAACCGUAUAUUCCUAACAUUGCAAUCGUGCAUGAUAGAGAUAAUGCGAGGAAAAGGUUCUAACAAGUUCAAGAUCCCACAUAUGAGUAAAGCAAUGCUAGAAAGAGAGGGCCGACUUCCAACUCAACUGAAAUGUGAUCGUGAGUUAGUACAAGAAAUUCUUAAUUAUUUAGGAUAA